AUGACGGACUUCCAUGGCCCGGUGUACCAUUCGGACGGCCAUAAAAGUGCAGCGCCGUCCAAGGGCAAGCGGGUUGUUGUUAUCGGCGCGUGUAACUCUGGGGCAGAUAUGUGCCAGGAUUUCGUUGCCAAAGGCGCCGCAGAGGUGACGAUGGUCCAGCGCAGCGCAACCUGCGUCCUCUCCGCACGUUCGGCGGAAACGCUUCUUUUUCGGCCAGGGUACCCCGCGCACUAUACCGCCGCCCGACGCGGACCUGGUGAACAAUUCGACUCCGCCGGCGCUGGUACUCGAGCGCGCGCCUGGGAUCACGCAGCGACUGAAGGCGAUGGACCGGGAAAUGCUGGAUGGUUUGGAGAGGGCGGGGAUGAAGCUGAAGUGGGAGGUCACCCCUAG